AUGCAAAUGGAUGAGAGUAAUAAAACAAAAAAGAAUGAUUAAACAGUGUUAAAGGAGACAUCUAAGAAUAGAAAUGUAAAAUUAUUGUAUAUUGUUAAAAGAUAAUAAAUAAAUUAUAAGGUAAUCCUUAAAGAUUGUAAGGAUUGAAAGAAAGUUUCAAAUACUUUACUUUAUUGAAAAAGAAUUAAUAUUUAGAGAGAAAGUAAUUUAGAGUAAGCAGGGAUGAAACAUUGGUUUGUUCAUGUAUUAAUUGUCCUGAUGAAUAAAUAGGAAGGUAGAUAAUAGUAUAUAUAAAAAUAUAGUCGAAUACAAGGACCAUAAUAUUCAUAUAAUUGUGGUGAUAGAUGUUUAAAUAGAUUUACAUGUACAGAAUGUGAUGCUGAGUUAUGUCCAUGUGCAGAAUAAUGCAAAAAUAGAAGAUUUUAGAAACAUGAAGAUGCAUGUGUGUAUCCAUUGAAAUGUGGAGGAAAAGGAAUGGGUUUAUUUGCAGGGGAACGUAUACAAAAAGGACAAUUUAUAAUGCAAUAUAUUGGAGAGAUUUUUUAGAUAAAUAGUGCUUUAGGCAGAAGAAGAGUGCAAGAAUAUUCGGUUUGAAUUGUGAGUUUAUUUAGAAAUCGACAUGCACAUAUUUAAUGAAACUAAAUAACUAAGAAGUUAUUGAUCCAACAUCAAAAGGUAAUCUGGCUAGAUUCAUCAAUCAUUCAUGUUAACCAAAUUGUAUUACAGAAAAAUGGAAUGUCUUAGGAGAAGUCUGUAUUGGUAUUUUUGCUAACCGAGACAUAAAUGAAGAUGAAGAAUUAACAUUUGAUUAUUAAUUUGAUGUUUUUCAUACUCCUUUAACAAAAUGUUUAUGUGGUGCAAAUAAAUGUAAAGGUUAUUUAGGUUUAAAACCAACUGAUGUUACUUAAGAAGAAUGGGAAGAACAUUUAGAAAAUAUGGUUUGUAAAAUAUGCUAAUUAAAAACACCAUAAGAUGAUGAAUAAUUAUUAUUAUGUGAUAAAUGCAAUUGUGGAUUUCACUUAUUAUGUUUAGUUCCUCCAUUAGAAUCAGUACCUAAAGAUGCUUGGUAUUGUUAAGAAUGUUAAGAUGAAAAACGUAUUUUAGAAGAAUAAGAAAAAGAGAGAGCUAAUAUUGAAAGAAUUUAAUAAAAAAAAGUUAAAAUCUAUAAUAAUGAAAAAAAAUAGAAAAAAAAAAGAGAAGAACUCUCUUCUUCAUCAUGUAGUGAUUCUGAAUGUGAAUACGAUAAUAGAUUUAAAAUGAUGAAAUUUAUAGAAAAACAAAGUUUUAAAGAAUAAAUGUCAAAUAAAUGGCAAUAAAAUUAAUCAAGUAGAUAAGAUGAAGAAUUAAAAAAAGAUGAAGACAAUAAUAUGUCUGAAUUAUAAAUUCUUGCAUCAUCUUAUAAUAAAAUAGAUUAAUAUAUUAAAUCAUCAUUAGAAUUUUAAACUUAAGAUACAGGAAAGUUAUAAUAAAUGUAAUCGAUUGUUGAUGUUGCCUAAUAGAAAUUUGAAGAAUAAUAUAAAGAAAACUUAGAAUUACAUUAAUAAAUAGAAGCUAUUUAAUAAUCACAGAAUAUUAUUAAUAUUGAUAUAAUUAAAGAAUGUUUUAAAAUUAAUAUAUUAGAAUAAAAAGUAGUUAAAAAGAAUGCAUAAUUAAUUUAUAAGAUAGGGAAUAAAAUCAGUUUUGAAUAGAUUGAUUAAUAAUAUGCAGAUUUCUUUAAGAAAGAAAAUAAUUUAACUGUAAUAGGCUCAAUUUAGUAAAUAAAUAUUUUUAGAUCUAUUUUAUAAAUGGUAGAACAUAUAAUAAAAGAAUUAAAGAAAGAACUAGGAAUUAUAGAAGGAUAGAUAAAAGUACCAAUUAUUUAUUUAAAGAGAUUGAUAAACAAAUUGUAAUCAAUAUAAAUAUUAUUAUUUUAGCAAUAGUUUAAAUAAUAAAUAAGAUGUUAAUAUCAUUUAUAACAAAUCAUUAGCUCAUAGUGAAGAAAUAUUUCCAAUGGAUAAAUCUACUCCUAUAAAAAUUAAAGGUUCAAGAUAAAAUAUUGAAUAGACUGUUUCUGAAAUUAAGAAUACUCUAAAAACUUUAUGUGUUUAAAGACUUUAUAUAAGUAGAAGUGAAACAAAAUCAGUUUAAUAGAAUAUGUUUUAAUUAAGAUAAAAUGCCGAAAUUAGAAUUUCAAGAGAUUCAGUAUAUAAUGCUAAAGGAGAAUAAACAUAAAGAGAUAUAAAUCAUCCAUUCUUUUAUAUUUAAUACCGAGAGAAAGAAGUUUGUCUUAUUGGAACUUUUUAAUAAAUACAAGAGACAAGCAAUGCUAUUAAAUUAUUAUUAGAAUAAGAAGCAAAUAAUGAAAAAGAAAUGACAUAUUUUUCAGUGUUAAUAUCUCCUUAACAUAAAGAGUCUUGUAAAUAAGUUAAAUAAAUGAUUGAGAGGAGUUCUUCUUCAACUAAAGUUUUACUUUUUGAAGCAUCUCAUCCUAGAAAAAAUAUGACUAUUUUAGUUCUAUGUUUGAGAACUUAAAUCAUUUAAACUAAAUAAACUUUUUCAGAUUUGAUUUUUUAAUAAUGCUAAUUAAAAUUAGAUUAAUUUUAGGAUUAAAUGUCUAUGUAAAUGUGUAGAUAUGUUUUUAAAUAUCUAUAAAAUUCAAUAAUGACUAAUGAUAUGGCAUUUAUGAAAAAUUGGGAUCUUAUUACUCCUUAUUUUUAUCAAUUUAAUAUUAUGAAAUAUAGAGAAUAAUAAAAAUUUGAAAAUUGGUUUGUAAAAAGAUGUUAUUCUUCUCUUUUAAGAGAUUAUGAAACAUAAUUAUACAUUUAAUAUUGUUUAGGUAAAGAAAUUUAAAAGAAUUUAACAGAUUAAGAAUAAAUUCUUAGAAAAAAGAAUUUAAUUUAAUUAACAAAAAGAAUUCUCUAUGCAAUUUUAGGUUUUAAAAGGUAACCAUCUGAUUAAGUUACCCUUGAUUAUAAUUAUUAAUAAGAAACUAUAACAAGAUUUAAUAAUCAAUAAGAAGAUGAUACUCCUAAAUUACCUAAUCUUUAAUUAAUAAAUAUAUAACCAUCAAUAAUUACGAAAAGAAAUGAUUUUCAAAAAGAUAGUAGUUAAAGAAGUGAAUCAAAUUCUAGUAAAAUUUAAAAAAAACAAAGUAAUUCAGAAUCAGAAAAAAGCAGAGAUGCUUCAACAAGAUAAAGACAUAAAUAUCAUCAUCAUCAUCAUAAAUCUUAUGGUUAUAAUCAAAAAAGUCCUACUGAAAAAUAUGAUAGAUAUAAAUAUGACAAAACUGAUUCAUAUGAAAAACAUAAAUCAAGGCAUCAUUAUUAUUCUCAUAGAUAAGAUAAAUCUAGAAAUUCUAAUAAAAGAUAUUAUGAAAAUGAUUACUCCAGAAGUAGAUUCUAAAAUUAAAAAAGUAUAUCUUCUAACUUAUCUUAGGAUCAAGUAGUGAAAACUCAGGUAAAUCUUAAGACUAAAGAAGAAAAAGAUAGGAAUCUGUAGAUUCUGAUAAAUAUAAAAAUAAUAAAUAUUAUAGUGGAUUUCAUUAUGAUAGAAGGUAUCCUAAAAACUAUAAAUAUGAUUAUGAAAGUAGAUUUAAAUAUCUAUUAUAGAAUCUUCCAAGAAUGCUGAUGCCAGAGAUCGAUCUCGUUAUUAAAGCAAGGAUAGAUCUAGAUCUAAACAGAGAAAUUAAUCUGAAAGCAGUGAUAGCUAUAGAAGAAGAUCUACUCAUAAAUCGAAAAAGUACUAUAGGAAAUAUUAAUGA